UGAAUGUUGCGUAGAAUUUGGCACACUAUACACAGUGCCUAGUCAGUUAAAAUAAAAUGGGGCUCGGGGCAGCUAGCAGAUUUGUCCUGGUUUGUGUAAGCAUCUCAAUAGCGGCAGUGGUGGCGGCGUCAAGUGCCAGCACAGGAUGUAGCUUCGACAGCGGUGAAUGUCGCUACAACGUCUUGUUGUCACAUGAACAAGGGAAGUGCUCGAAUUCAAGUGACAGCGUGGUCCAGGAGACGCGCGACCUUAUCUCAAGCCUCACCGCCCAUCUACAGAACAUCUACACGUCUAUUGGCAACAAAGAUGCCAGUAGUGCUGGGUCCGGGUGUUGCAGUGACGUUCUGGGCACCUUGAGCGUUCUGCAAUUGAAAGUCGACGAACUGGACAAGCAACAGAGAGAGGUGUUUAGAAAUAAGCUCGACGCUCAAGAGCUUAUGAUAACCGAGCUGAGAAACCAACAAGCUAACACCGAUAAACUUGUGAAGACUUUGUCUUCUCAGCUUGCAAUCCUACAGGCUCAAUGGCAACUUGCUAAAGCAACAACCGUUACACCUACAACCACCACAUCUACGCCAAGCACAACUACCACAAUCACGCCAAGCACAACUACCACAACUACUCCAAGCACAACUACCACAAUGUCAACAACAACAACCAGCACUGCACCACCUACAACUGCUGGAUGUCCGGGUGGAUUUGUGCGGAAGGGGGCGUCUUGCUACUACUUCACACAAGCAGAUAAAGCUAAAUCAAGCCUCUCCUGGCAAGACAGUAGGGCCACAUGUCAGAGAAUGGGCGCAGAUCUAGUAUCGAUUGAUUCCAGUGAUGAAUAUCAGUUUCUGAAGUCACAGUGUAUGAGGGUGUCCAGAGUAGCGGGAUGGUGGACAGGUGGAAAUGACCUUGACACUGAAGGGAGAUGGGAAUGGAUCGCAAACAAAAAGCAAUUAGGAUAUACAAUGUGGUAUCCAGUCGUCCCAGUGUCUUAG